CGCAGGGCGGGCGCGGCGCGGGAGAAGGGGCUGCACCGCGCACCGCGCCAUGGGGGCCGCGUCGGGCCGCCGGUGGCCGCGGCCGCCGCUGCUGCCGUUGCUGCUGCUGCUGCUGCCGCCACCGCCGCCUGUGGUCCUGGCGCUCGACCCCGCGUUGCAGCCGGGGAACUUUUCCGCCGACGAGGCCGGGGCGCAGGUCUUCGCAGAGAGCUUCAAUUCGAGCGCCGAGCAGGUGCUGUUCUACAGCACGACCGCCAGCUGGGCGUACGACACCGACAUCAACGAGGAGAACGCGCGGCGCCAGGAGGAGGCAGCCCUGCUCAGCCAGGAGUUUUCAGAGGUCUGGGGCCAGAAGGCCAAGGCUCUGUUCGACCCAAUCUGGCAGAACUUCACCGACCCCACGCUGCGACGCAUCAUCAGUGCCGUGCGCACCCUGGGCCCUGCCAACCUGCCCCUGGAGGAGCGGCAGCAGUACAACUCUCUGCUAAGCAACAUGUCCAGGAUUUACUCCACAGCCAAGGUCUGCUUCCCCAACAAGACUGCCACCUGCUGGUCCCUGGACCCAGAGCUCACCAACAUCCUGGCUGCGUCGCAAAGCUACUCCCUGCUGCUAUAUGCCUGGGAGGGCUGGCACAACACUGUGGGCAUCCCGCUGAAACCCCUGUACCAGAACUUCACUGCCCUCAGCAAUAUGGCCUACAAGCAGGAUGGCUUCUCAGACACGGGGGCCUACUGGCGCUCCUGGUACGACUCCCCCACCUUCACGGAAGAUCUGGAGCACCUCUACCAUCAGUUAGAGCCCCUCUACCUGAACCUCCACGCCUACGUCCGCCGCGCACUGCACCGCCGAUACGGGGACAGAUUCAUCAACCUCAGGGGACCCAUCCCUGCUCACCUGCUGGGGGACAUGUGGGCCCAGAGCUGGGACAAAAUCUACGACAUGGUGGUGCCUUUCUCUGACAAGCCCAAUCUUGAUGUUACCAGUACUAUGGUGCAGAAGGGAUGGAACGCCACACACAUGUUCCGGGUGGCAGAGGAAUUCUUCACCUCCCUAGGGCUCCUGCCCAUGCCUCCUGAGUUCUGGGCAGAGUCCAUGCUGGAGAAACCAAGCGACGGGCGUGAGGUGGUGUGCCACGCCUCCGCCUGGGACUUCUACAACAGGAAAGACUUCAGGAUCAAGCAGUGCACGCAGGUCACUAUGGACCAGCUGUCCACGGUGCACCACGAGAUGGGCCACGUGCAGUACUACCUGCAGUACAAGGACCAACACGUCUCCCUGCGCCAAGGCGCCAACCCCGGCUUCCACGAGGCCAUCGGGGAUGUGCUGGCGCUCUCCGUCUCCACUCCUGCACAUCUGUACAAAAUUGGCCUGCUGGACCAUGUCACCAACGACACGGAGAGCGACAUCAAUUACUUGUUAAAGAUGGCACUGGAAAAAAUUGCCUUCCUGCCCUUUGGCUACUUGGUGGACCAGUGGCGUUGGGGGGUCUUUAGUGGGCGUACCCCCCCUUCCCUCUACAACUAUGACUGGUGGUAUCUUCGAACCAAGUAUCAGGGGAUCUGUCCUCCAGUUGUCCGCAACGAAACCCACUUUGACGCUGGAGCCAAGUUUCAUGUCCCAAAUGUGACACCAUACAUCAGGUACUUCGUGAGUUUUGUCCUGCAGUUCCAGUUCCAUCAAGCCCUGUGCAAGGAGGCGGGCCACCAGGGCCCCCUGCACCAGUGUGACAUCUACCAGUCCACCCAGGCAGGGGCCAAGCUCCGGGCAAUGCUGCAGGCAGGCUCCUCACGGCCCUGGCAGGAGGUGCUGAAGGACAUGGUCGGCUCAGAUUCCCUGGACGCUCAGCCGCUGCUCAACUACUUCCAGCCGGUCACACAGUGGCUACAAGAGCAGAACCAGAAGAAUGGCGAGGUCCUGGGCUGGCCUGAAUAUCAGUGGCGCCCACCGAUACCCGACAAUUACCCAGAGGGCAUUGACCUGGUGUCCGACGAGGCUGAGGCCAGCAAGUUUGUGGAGGAAUGUGACCGGAGAUACCAGGUGGUGUGGAACGAGUAUGUCGAGGCCAACUGGAACUACAAUACCAACAUCACCAAGGAGGGCAGCGAGAUACUGCUGGAGAAGACCGUACAGAUGGCAAACCACACUGUCAAGUACGGCACCUGGGCCAGGAAGUUUGAUGUGACCAACUUCCAGAACGCCACCCUGAAGCGGAUGAUAAAGAAGAUUCAGGAUCUAGAGCGGGCUGCACUGCCUGUCAAGGAGCUGGAGGAGUACAACCAGAUCCUGCUGGACAUGGAGACCACUUACAGCGUGGCCUCUGUGUGCCAUAGCAAUGGCACUUGUCUACAGCUCGAGCCUGAUCUGACAAAUCUGAUGGCCACGUCCCGGAACUAUGAAGCACUGCUGUGGGCAUGGAAGGGCUGGCGAGACAAGGUGGGGAGAGCCAUCCUCCCGUAUUUCCCCAAAUAUGUGGAGCUCACCAACAAGGCUGCCAGGCUCAAUGGCUACGAGGACGGAGGGGACUCCUGGAGAUCUAUGUACGAGAUGCCAUUCCUGGAGUACGACCUGGAGCAGCUCUUCCAGGAGCUGCAGCCGCUCUACCUGAACCUGCACGCCUACGUGCGCCGGGCCCUUUAUCGCUUCUACGGGUCUGAGCUCAUCAACCUGGAGGGCCCCAUCCCAGCCCACCUGCUGGGUGAGGGCAAGUGA